CGUGUGCUCGCAACGUCCAUCGCGGGAGGAGGGGGUAGGUGAGGGUCGGCAGCAGCAGCAACAGCAGCAACAGCAGCACAGGACAGGGGAGGUGUUCCCGGACACCGAAAGCUGGGGCACCCUGACGCGGAGGUCCUGGCGGAGGAGGUGGCACGCAGGAGAGAGGAAAGAAAGGAGGUGACCAUCCACCCCACAUGGACGCCACCCCCAAAGGACCCCCCGUACCCCCCACACCGGACAUCCUGUCAUCACUAUUUAGCCGCGGAAUAUCCGACCUGAACUUGACGCGCCGUGGUCAGCGUUACCGUCGUCUAUCGGGGCAUCAUCCGUCGCUUGAUGCUGGUCGUACGACGGAAACGACCGCCUACGCGUCACCGUCGUCAUCAUCUUGCACGUGCCUCUACCGUUUUUCACGGCGCGAACCGAACCGACCGACGAGGCCUCGCGGUCCCAGCCGCGUCUCGAAGAUCGGACCAGGCCGCAGGCGAGGCUCGAUCGUCGUCGUCAUCGCGCUCGGGAGCGGUUCGACAGCGACGCGCGACAAGUCCGAGGCGAACCAUAACAGUUUCCGGUGUCGAUCAGGGUCGGGAGCCGGAAGACCGGCGACGAACACCGGCACGCCGACCAUCCUAACGAUAUUACUGUACCUCCCGUCGGCCACGGACAGGAGAACGAUAGCAACAGGAACCACGUUUUUUACCCCCGUUUUUACACCCAGGCUAAGGUGCCACGCGUUUGAUGCAUUUUAUACGACGACGCCAGCCGACGACCAAUCCCAUCGCGCCAGGAAGCUACGUCUUCUGAGAGGCGUCGACUUCCCCGUCAAACAUAUCUACAGACUCCGUCCAGAAGCGCCUAACUCCGUGCCGCAGCCUAACCGAACACGCGAACAAUGUCGCGCAGCGCUGCCACGCGUCCUAUGGAAGAAACCCCCUUGAACCUCGCGAGAAGCCCCCGAGCGAUGCUUCCCAUCGUCGGCGAUCUGAAAUGCUCGAAAGUCUCGCGGUAUCGCCCCGAUAUCGUCACGUGACAGGAUCGGAGCUGGUCGUCGAAGAGGGUAGCCGCGAGUCCGAGUGUCCUCGGACGUUGAACGAGUCCGGCGGACGAGGCUGUUCCCAUCGAACAGCUUGGACGCUCGCGGCGGAACUGGUCGCGCAGCGCGACGACGAUACGGGACCGGUGAAAGAAGGUUUCAUGGUGUCGCCGGAAGGAAGAUGUCCGUCGAAGGACAUUGCCGCUGCCCGAGGAUCACCGGACCUGCAGUCGUAGAUCGUCGCCGUCUAACGAAGGUACAGACCACGGGCUAAUGCCGUCCUGCGCCUGCGAUGAUUCGCGAGGACGAAGAAGAGGAGGGACCCAGGUGGAAAUAUGUAAGAGGCGAGGCGGACAUUGUCUCGUCGGCACGGCUCAGGUGCCACGAGGAAGAAGAGGUGAAGGACUGCGACGAGGCGGACAGAGUCUCGGCGGCGUGCACGGCUACGAAAUCGGACGCCGAAGAUAGCCGGAAGGGAUCGACGGCCACCGGGUCCGUGUACAACGACGAGGAAGGCUGCGGCACGCGGAAGAAGAAGAAGAAGCGCCGGAAAACACGGAACAAGCAGCAGCUGCAGCUGCACCAUCUGCCGCUGGACCCGCCGGCCGACAACCAGCACACGGUGGUGAACCUGGCCUCGUCCUCGGACGAAGUCGAGGCGGUCGGCGAGUGCUCGAAACGGGACUCGUCCAGCAGCUUGGGCGGCGCCAGCAGGCACAACACCUUUCGGGAAUCGUUGCUCACGGUGCUCGGCAAGCUGGUGAUUUGGAAGGGCACCAGGUACCGAUCGGCCACAGCCGCGUCCACUUCGUCCUCGGCGCCGCCGAAUUCACCGCCGCCGACAGAGUGCAUCGGCCGCAGCACUUCCUUCUUUUCCAGCGAAACGGAGAGGAGAAUUCGCGCCAAUAAUCGCGAGUUCAACUCACAGUUUAAUUAUGCGAACAACUACAUCAAGACGUCCAAGUAUUCGGUUCUGUCGUUCCUACCAUUAAAUUUAUUCGAGCAAUUUCAACGGCUCGCCAACUUUUACUUCCUAUGCCUGCUGGUGCUUCAGGUGAUCCCCGCUAUCUCCUCUUUGACCCCCAUCACUACAGCCAUACCCCUUAUAGGGGUGCUCAUGCUCACUGCCAUCAAAGAUGCUUACGACGAUUUUCAACGGCAUAGCAGCGACUCGCAAGUGAACAAUCGAAAAUCCCAGACUCUCCGAGGUACUAGUCUCCGAGAAGAGAAGUGGUCGCAAGUCCAAGUAGGCGAUGUAAUCAGAAUGGAGAACGAUCAGUUCGUUGCUGCCGACGUCCUUCUUUUAUCUACUAGUGAGCCGAACGGUCUUUGUUACAUUGAAACUGCGGAAUUAGAUGGGGAGACGAAUUUGAAGUGUCGGCAGUGUUUAGCCGAAACUGCCGAGAUGAUGGACAACCAUGAAAUGAUUGGUCAAUUCGAUGGAGAGAUUGUUUGCGAAACACCUAACAACUUGCUAAAUAAAUUUGAUGGUACUCUCACGUGGAGGGGACGAAAAUACGCAUUGGACAACGAUAAAAUAAUAUUACGUGGUUGCGUGCUCAGGAACACGCAAUGGUGCUAUGGGGUGGUCAUCUUUGCAGGCAAGGAUACCAAAUUGAUGCAAAACUCAGGGAAGACCAAAUUUAAGAGGACCUCUAUAGAUAGGCUGCUGAAUCUUCUGAUCAUCGGGAUAGUGUUCUUUUUACUUUCGAUGUGUUUGUUCUGUAUGAUCGGCUGUGGUAUUUGGGAGAGCCUCGUGGGCCGUUAUUUCCAAGUGUAUCUGCCAUGGGACUCGCUGGUGCCUACCGAGCCCAUGGGCGGUGCCACAGUGAUCGCUCUGCUUGUGUUCUUUUCUUACGCUAUUGUAUUGAACACGGUGGUGCCAAUCAGUUUGUAUGUGAGUGUCGAAGUUAUCCGAUUCGUUCAGUCGUUUUUGAUUAACUGGGAUGAGGAGAUGUACUACGCGCCCACGAAUACGCACGCUAAGGCAAGGACUACCACGUUAAACGAGGAGUUGGGACAAAUAGAAUAUAUAUUUUCCGAUAAGACCGGAACACUCACACAGAAUAUUAUGACUUUUAACAAGUGUUCCGUGGCGGGGAAAUGUUACGGGGACGUUAUCGACGAAGUUACCGGCGAAGUCGUCGAUCUGAGCGAGACGGACAAAGCUGCCCAAACGCCAACGAUGAGAUGGAAAAACGGCCAAGAAUUUGUUCAAGUUUAUACAUCUAUAACUGGUCCGAACGUACGUCUAUUGGAACACGUGGACAGGAUAUCCAAUAUGUUACCAGAACGAGGCAUCUAUGGCAGUUCGAUGAUUCCACAUAAAUUCUCAACGUUACCACCGUUAGAUUUCUCGUUCAACAAAGACUACGAACCAGAAUUCAAGUUCUACGACACCGCGCUGCUGGAGGCUGUGAAGAGGAACAACGAGGAUGUUCACAGCUUCUUUCGGCUGUUGGCGCUCUGUCAUACUGUCAUGCCCGAGGAGAAGAGUGGCAAGCUAGAAUAUCAAGCGCAAUCGCCAGACGAGGCUGCCCUUGUGUCCGCAGCCAGGAAUUUCGGUUUCGUGUUCAAAGAAAGAUCUCCAAACAGCAUCACGAUCGAGGUGAUGGGCAAUAGGGAAGUUUACGAGCUGCUCUGCAUCCUCGACUUCAAUAACGUUAGGAAAAGAAUGUCCGUAAUCUUGAGGAGGGAUGGUCAUCUUAGAUUGUACUGUAAAGGAGCGGACAAUGUUAUCUACGAACGCUUGAAAAACGGCAGUGAGGACAUCAUGGCGAAAACGUUGGAUCAUCUUAAUAAAUUCGCCGGUGAGGGCUUGAGAACAUUGUGCCUUUCGGUCCGAGAUCUGGACGAACAGUUCUUCAAUGAUUGGAAACAACGUCAUCAAGAAGCAGCGUUGAGCCAUGAGAACAAGGAUGACAAGUUAGAUGCGAUCUACGAGGAGAUUGAGAAAGACAUGACGUUGUUAGGCGCGACUGCCAUUGAAGAUAAGUUACAGGACGGUGUACCUCAAACUAUUGCUAAUUUAGGUCUUGCUGGUAUCAAGAUCUGGGUAUUAACUGGAGAUAAGCAAGAAACCGCUAUCAAUAUUGGCUAUUCCUGCCAGUUGUUGACAGACGACCUUACAGAUGUCUUUAUAGUGGAUGCUACUACUUACGACGGUGUUGAAAAUCAAUUGUCACGAUACUUGGAAACAAUCAAAACAACUUCCAGUCAUCAAAAUCGGCCGACACUCUCCGUUGUCACAUUCAGGUGGGACAAGGAAAGCAGCGACACUGAAUACAAUCCUAGCAGAGACGAGCAAGAUGAACACGAGAUGGAACAGGCCACAGGAUUCGCUGUAGUUAUCAAUGGGCAUUCCUUAGUUCAUGCAUUGCAUCCACAACUGGAACAACUUUUUCUUGAUGUAUCAAGCCAAUGUAAAGCUGUGAUAUGUUGUCGCGUGACACCCCUACAAAAAGCAAUGGUCGUCGAGUUAAUCAAGAAAAAUAAAAAUGCAGUGACCUUGGCUAUUGGGGACGGUGCUAAUGACGUCUCAAUGAUCAAAACAGCUCACAUUGGCGUUGGCAUCAGUGGUCAAGAAGGACUGCAAGCUGUGUUGGCAUCCGACUAUUCGAUAGGACAAUUCAGAUUUCUGGAAAGACUGCUCCUCGUUCAUGGUAGAUGGUCAUAUUAUAGAAUGAGCAAAUUUCUUAGGUAUUUUUUUUACAAGAACUUCGCGUUUACGCUAUGCCACAUAUGGUUUGCCUUUUUCUGCGGAUUCAGCGCACAGACUGUAUUCGAUCCUAUGUACAUUUCUGUGUAUAAUCUCUUUUAUACAUCAUUACCUGUAAUGGCAGUCGGUAUAUUCGAUCAAGAUGUUAACGACAAAAACAGUUUGUUAUAUCCGAAACUCUAUGCACCCGGACUACAAAACUUGCUAUUCAACAAGAAGGAAUUUUGUUGGAGUGCCAUACACGGUUUUUUUGCCAGUUGUGUGUUAUUUUUGGUUCCAUAUGGAACGUAUAAGGAUGGAGUAUCACCAAAGGGCUAUGUACUUUCUGAUCAUAUGCUGCUAGGAAGUGUCGUAGCCACUAUAUUAGUCAUAGUCGUGACCGUUCAAAUAGCUCUUGAUACAUCAUACUGGACGAUUGUUAAUCAUAUUAUGGUUUGGGGCUCCCUUGUUUGGUAUUUUAUUUUAGACUAUUUCUAUAACUUCGUCAUUGGCGGUAGUUACGUUGGCAGUCUUACUAUGGCAAUGUCUGAACCAACGUUUUGGUUCACAGCGGUGAUUUCGUGUAUUAUACUGGUAAUACCUGUGCUGUCGUGGAGAUUCUUCUUCAUAGAUGUUAGACCAAGUUUGUCUGAUAGGGUUAGGCUUAAGCAGAGGCUGGCACAGCUACGUUCCCGCCAGAGUCAGGACAUACUCCGUACACCAUCUACGAGGCGAACAAGGCGAUCUCUUCGUUCAGGAUACGCAUUUGCGCAUCAAGAAGGUUUCGGCAGACUUAUCACGUCUGGGAAGAUUAUGCGAAAAUUACCGAACGGUUCGGAUUUUAAGUUUGCCAUGCCGUUCACGAACAAUACCAGCAAACAAGUUAGUGUUGCCACCACGUCACCAAAAGACAAUGCAUCCAAAAAUUCGCACACACUGGAUACUAUUAAUCUAUAAUCUGGACAUAUUAAGUUAUAGGUCUUUCCACCAUCUGUUGUGCUCCGGACGAAUCGGUUCGGUAAACCACAUAGCAAUUAUACAACAGAGUUAUUGAAUCUUUUUGCAAACGAAUUUCUCUGUUUCGAUCAAAACGGUUCUCCUUUGUCUGAUUAAGCAAUUAAUUCGUUUUACGUGUAAUCCGUUCUCACAGUAUACACACAAUACGCGAACUUCGUGUACUUGUGUUGCAGUAAGUGAUAAACUAUUCGUCGGCUUACUCAGGCUCGGUCGUUUUCAUGUUGAUGCUUGCAAGAGUUUCAGUAAUCGAAUUUGAUAGGACAAUAAAGUAUUAAUGAUUUGCGUAAGAAAUUCUACACACCUAGUAACUACGAAAGAUUACUAUUUUUUUUUUUUAUCUCACCAAGGAUUGUCAUUGGUUGAAGACCAUUUGAAUGAAAUACAUUUCUAUGGAAUUUGUUAGUAUUCUAGACCCUUUAUGUUACCUGUUUAUGUGACAGUAAGCCAGCAACAUUAGUUUUUAAUUAAUUUGUAAUGGAAAAUUUGCGCCAUAUAAGAAAAGAGUCUAGGAUGAAAACGACCUGAAAUUUGAAGAAAUUAUUGAGUUGCUAGCAGUAACCUCUGACAGACUCUCAAACAGAGCACACGAAGAAGAAUACACAGGCUGAUUUAUGAUUAUACAUUUUUACUUCGAACAUGAAAAUUACAACAUUAUCGAAAGCUAUAGCAGGAAAUUAAUUUUAUAAAAGAGUUUUCUUCACAGAAAAUUACUAUUUCUAAAUUUACACAAAAAGUUCUCAACAUCCUUAAUUAUUUAUUUUGGAUACUUUUUUCUGCCGACAUUCUUUUCUUCUCUUUCACUUAUUUCCGAAACUAUUUGUAUGAAGCAUCCUUUCCGGAUGGCGGUCAGUAGGAUCAAUAAUUUGAAAAAUACCCCGUACACUUUCUUUCUUCUAUCGUAUUUUGUUACAUUCCUGAAGCACAACUUUUUUUAGAAUCCCAUUUGUUUCAAUACUAGUCAAUUCUUUCCUUAUUACAAUCAUGUGCUCCAAUUUAUUUACUAUUAAAUACGCAAUAGAAAUGUCAUCAUCAAUUGACUGCAGUAAAAUUAUCCGCAAUAAGUUAUAUCAGCCAUUAUUUUAGUUAAUCGAUUACUACUACGCUAUCGAAGUAACACCUGCACGGCGAUGAACCGACCUCGAAUAUUGUAAUGUAUAGCUGUGUAUACACACCCAUCGCAAAAUCAAAAAGUCGCGGAUUUCUGUGUUUCUUUUUUUUUUGAAUGUUUGUAUAACCAUGGAAUGUCGUUCCAUAUAUGAGCUAAUUUUCUGUUUAUGCGAAUAUAUGAUACCAAUUUAAAAAAAAUACAAGUGACAUUAAAACAUAACGCAAUAAUAAGACAAAA